GCAAUCUACCAAGAGCAGCGUAAAUUAGCAUUGGGUCACAAAAAAGUAGAGCUAUUGCUCAUCAGGUCGACACAGACACAACUUGUUACAUGUAAUCUGACAAACACGUACACAUAUAUCUAUAUAUAUAGAGAAACAUGGCUUGGCAAAUUAUAUGUUCAGAUAACGUCUUCCUCUAGCAUUUCAAAGAAAUUAAUAUGAGUGUAAAAUCUUUUCUCUCUUCUACCACGUGUUCUCUGUUCUCUGCAAUGUCUCCUCCUAGCAGCAACAAUUGCAGCCGUCGCAAAAUGGGGCAUUAAAUAAUGGUGCAAAUAUCUGACUAGCUUAAACAUUAGUAAAUCGCAUUGUGUGAUUUAUUUAAAUACUCUCCUCCCAUAAAUUUUGCGUCUGCAAGGGAAAUUCCUACAAAUGCAUAUGCAAUAAGGUCAGCUGCAAAAAUAAAGGUGUCCACGAUCCCAUUUUGCACUGCGUCUUUAUUAAAUCCCAACAAUAGUUUUUUUUUUAACACCAAAAGAGGGUUUGCACUGGUGCAAGCUGUUAGUCAGUCUUGUCCAUAGUGUUUUAAAUAUAUAAAUAACUUUUUCACAACUUUAUAUUUUAGAAAAUUUUAAUUGCUACUAGCUGUCUCUUUCAGCAUUGCUUUUUGUCAGUAGUCAGUAAGCAGUUUAGAGUACUGUGACUAUACUACUUUAAAGUGUAGCUUGGCAGGCUAUGGAUUCAAAGUUGCUAACACAACAUUUGAAAUGAGACUCUUUUCAGCCAGACCUUCAUUAAUAUAGCAGAUGUGUUCAGAUUCAGUUUAAGAUAUGGUCUGCUCUUUCACAGAGGGUAACAUUAGGCUUUUCUCUGGGGUGACUGUCUCAAACUACAUAUUUUCAAAGUUGUCUAGUGUUUUUAAGACGUGUUUUUAAAAGUUGAAAUAUUCUCAUAUUGCACAAGAUGUCCAAAUGUUGUAGAACAAACCCGAACCUGUAUUAAACAAACCUGGAACAUUCCUGGUUUUAAGAGAGAAAGAGUAGUUAUGCUCUCAGACAACCAUCAUUUUUUUCAUAGUGAAAUUGUUCACAGACCAUCCGUGCACAAGGGUUUUUGGCUUUGAUUAAAUACACUUGGUAGAUUAAUCAAAAGAGUGGUUGUAAAUCAUUUCUGCAAGUACUAACCCAUGAUAACUGUGUUAAGCUGUGGAAACUCUUGCUCAAUACUUGGCUCUGGGCAUAACAAUACUGUGAGCAAAGCGCUGCACAGACCAGCUGUAAUUAAAAGCUGUAGUUUCAAAUGGGAUAAAAAGACUCACUGCAACUUUUGUAAUGUUUUUUUCAUGCCAAGAUUAAAGCCCUUUGAUUAUUUCUUGUGUAAUUAGGGCUAUUUGAACGCCGAGUGGUUGUUUUUGUGUCUGCUUAGUCGAGCCUUUGAGUUGGACAUGGUUUUUGCUUUGAGCCGUAUGAAAUCUCUACCUGCCACUUCUCUGUUGUGGAGUGAUAAGAGAACUGCUUUAAAAACAGGCUGAGUGCAGCUAUUUACUGCCUCUGCGGCAGAGAGAACGUGACCUUUCACCUAUCCCUCGUUUCUCGAGCAUUGACAACACAUGACUUUUUGUUCAAGCCGACACCAAAAGCCAUAAAGACUGGAUUUGUUUUCAAAGCAUGAACAUGUGGAUUACCUGCUUCAAGAAUGCCAGGAGUCCUCCAGCUAAGUCUUCUUAUGCUUGUUUUUCCUCAUGUAAAUGAUGUUACUUGUGGCUGUUUUCAUUGAAACAUGUCUCUGCAGCUCAUAGGAGUUCGCAGGCCUGCAUCCAAUCUGAUGCAUGGGGGGCGGGGCUUCGGCAGUCAGGUUAGUGGGGCAUGACGUGAUUCCACAAGAGGAGGGGUUUCCACAGGUCACACCCUUUCAGAGAAUUCUCACAGGUAAACACUCCGAGCAGAUGAGUCAAGGCUUGCCGGGACUUUGACGUAGGCUGUGGAUUGUUUAUGCCCUCAAAAGCGAGAUAUUGCGUACUUCGUAGAGUGCCUUGGAAUUAUGGGUACCGUGGUGUGAGAUUACACAUAAAUGUCUUUCUGUCUAGAGGGAAGGAAAGUGUUUGUCACAAGAGCCGAGAGAAGCCUACGCCAAGCUUAUGAAUGAAAUCUCAGAGCAGGAGCCUUGGUCUAAAUGGGUCCGGUUAUGCCUCCCAGUAAGAAGCCGGAAAAUUCCGGGGUCAGCGUCGCGAGCGGCCUGAGCCAGUUCUAUCAGGCGAGCUCCAUCACGCGAGCCCUACAGGAGGCUGAGGAAAUGGACCUGGCUCUUCCGAUCAUCAAACUGGAGAAGGGCAGCAUGGAGGACGAGGAACUCACCAACCUCAACUGGCUCCAUGAGAGCAAGAACCUGCUCAACAGUUUCGGUGACCCCGUGCUGAGAAGCGUCAGUCCUGUCCAGGACCUGGACGAUGACACCCCGCCCUCCCCGGCCCACUCGGAUCUCCCUUACGACGCCAAGCAGAACCCUAACUGCAAACCCCCUUAUUCGUUCAGCUGCCUCAUUUUCAUGGCCAUAGAAGAUGCCCCUUCCAAGAGACUGCCAGUUAAAGACAUAUACAACUGGAUCCUGGAACACUUCCCUUACUUUGCCAACGCCCCGACGGGGUGGAAGAACUCAGUCAGGCACAAUCUGUCUCUCAAUAAGUGCUUUAAGAAGGUGGACAAGGACAGGAGUCAGAGUAUCGGGAAGGGCUCCCUGUGGUGCAUAGACCCAGAAUACAGACAGAAUCUCAUCCAGGCGCUGAAGAAGACACCUUAUCAUCCGUAUUCCCAGGUGUUCACCACGCCUCCCACCUCUCCUCAGGCAUAUCAAAGUAUGUCCAGUCCUCCAAUAUGGCCAGGAAGUCCCUUUUACAGAAAAAACAAGGGAGUCCUACUGCAAGUCCCUCAGGGAGUGAUCCAGAAUGGAGCUCGAAUGAUGAGCCAGGGCCUCUUCCCAGGAAUCCGACCCCUUCCCAUCAACCCUAUCGUCAGCAGGACAGCCACUGUCAGGUCAGUACUCGAAUACAGAAUUACCAGUGAUGGCGAGCCCACCCGUAACUCUCCACUGGUCAGCAUCGACCCCAAGGAGGACCACACCUACAGUUUUGCCAAAUCUUCCAGCUCGGACGCCGGAGACGAGGCCCACUGCGAUGGAAGCGAGGUGAGCUUCCACGCCAAUGAGACUGGCAGCGAUGCAGAGGACGACGACAAGAGCAAAAUCAAGAAGGAGCCCAAAGAGUGGUCCGUGGACGCCCUCGCUCUGGCCCAGCACAAGAAACGGCAACAUUUGACAAAAGUCAAACAGAGAGUGGCCAGUGACACUCUUCCUCUAAAAAAGAGGCGCACAGAGAAGCCUCCAGAAAGCGACGACGAGGAAAUGAAGGAGGCGGCCGGGUCCCUGCUUCAUUUGGCAGGAGUCAGGGCCUGUUUGAACAAUAUCACCAACAGGACGGCAAAGGGGCAGAAAGAGCAAAAAUAAUGAACAGACUGUAUUAUAAAGAGGAAAAAAAAAAAAACAUCACUUUGAAUAGAAUUUACUAUUUUUUUCCAGGACAUCAGGUGAAUUCUACUGAUUUGUGGCAAUAUCAACAAUCACUUUGUUUUCCUAUCUUUAUAGGUAACAUUUUACUGAGGGUUCCUUGUUUUGGUUCACUAAUUUUAUUGUGUUUUCUUUGUUUUUUUUAAUCUACGGAGAUUGAAGCCAUAGCCUUCCUUUUUUAAGAUAUUCAGCCAAUUAUUUCAUUUGACAGGAAAAAAAAAAAAAAAAAGUGAUAGCAAAAUUUGCCCUGCCCCGUUGUCAUUGUGAAACAUUGAACGUUAUGCAGCUCGCCAGAGUAGUUCAAGUUAGUGAUAAUUGUAGGUUCUAGUAAUCUCUGCUGUAAUAUAAGAUGUUUUAGAAGCACAGGGCAGUGCCAAAGACAAUCCUUGAGCAGUUUCUGUGAUGUCACUUCCCCUUGAUGCUCUCGCCGAGUCCAGAGGCAUUGUGUGGAGAACACUCAUGUCUGUAGUUGUCGUUGGGCUCGUAUGAACCAUAUUUCACCAGGAUGAGAGUAAAGCCAUAAGCCUUUGUCAAAGUGCUUUUUGGAGGCAAAAGUGAUACAUUUAUCAGUAAGUCUUUUCAAACUGCCCAUGUUUUCUCCUAAGCAAUCAAAAUGAGUGAUAUUUCCCAUCUAAAGCGAUAGCGGAUGGUGAUAUUUCUUCUUCGGCACAAUGAAAAUGAAAACUCUGAGCUAAUGCUACAAUACCUGCCAAUUGUAUUUUAAAUUGGAAAAUGACUGUGGAGUUGUUUUGUGUUUGUUCGUUUACGUUUUCUAAUUUUUUUAUUUGAAACCCUCGUGAUGUAAUAAGCAAUUUCAUCCAGUCAGGAUAAACACUGUAUAAAAGUAACACUAGACCAUUUUCCUUUCUUAAUUUAAGCAAUGUAGCCAGCAGGAUUUUCCAAAUCGUGUUGCAUGGGUUCUGUAAAGAAAAAGACGACCGUUUUUUAAAAAGAAAAGAAAAAAAAAAAAAAAAAAAAAAAUCAAAGUUCAUGUAAGGUAAAUAAUGUAUUUAGCAUGGAGCAUGAAUUAUUUUCAUAUAAAUAUAGAUCAUAGAGAACUAAGGCACCGCCUCUAAUUUCUAUGCCAAUAGGCCUAGUCUCUUUGUUUUUGUCGGAUUCGAUUUUGAUUUGUCGUCCUCAUCGCCUUUGUGUUGAAGCAGGCAUCUUAACAAUUACCUUCUUCAGGGACAAACACUGACUGUUGGGAAACUCUCUCUGCAAUACGAGGACUCGGGCUUGGGCCGUCUUGGUCCAUGCUAACGGCCGCCCCUCUAACGAAUACCCGCUACGUCAAUGUCCGUGUCUUCAAGGAGAAGUUCGUAGUGAGUGUCGGUCCCCCUGCUCCUUCUGGCUUCGUGCCUGCUUUUCUUCCAUGUGUAAUCCGGAUGUGCGUGUCUGUGAUUUAUUCAGGGUCUUCCAUUUUGUUCCACGAGACUUUGGAUCUGCAGUACAAGUAGUUUUUUUUGUUCCUGUAUUUACAUGUAGCACUGUUCAGGAGUCAUCAGUAUUGAUUCAGUUCUCGGUACAGGCAGUCAGACGGAUAUUUACGCCUCCACACAUAUAUAUAUUUAAGCACUUAUAGACAAAAACAAGUGAUAGAGCUCAGUGCAAACGCUAGUGUAUAUAUUUUCACGACCUCACCGAAUUGCACUUUUAUUGUUUUAAUGUAAAGAACUUAGGAAUUCAGUGCCAAAGCCUGUAAUGACUCUAUACACAUGCAUACUUGAUAUGUCAGUCAUAAGUCAAUAAGUUGUAGCAUUUCUCUCAAGUAACCAUGUAUAAGAUCUUCUCAGUCAUUUUGUUAAUGUCACACUGCAUUGCUGUUUCAUGAAGUCACACUGUCUUCCCUGUUCAUCCGAUGAUGAUAAUGGUUCGACCUAAUGUUUUGUAGCUUGUUGAAUGUUAUAUCUGACCCAUGAGUGUUAAUGUGAUGUCUCCAGUUGGCAUGCCUUUCCCUAACCAAGCUAGACAUUUCUUGACAUUUCUUCCCCACAUCGUGAAAUAACCCCGAUUAUAACCUUGUCUGAUGGUCUUUAAUAACAUCUGCCAUAUCAUGUUUCUGUUCAAUGUGCUUCAAACUGGGAAACCAGUAGCAGAGAGAGAGCUACGAGUCACUGCCUUCCUUCAAAGACAACACUCACUACGUAACUUUUCCUUUCCAGUUCUUUCAAAGGAACCUGAAACAUGUUAAAAAGAAGAGCCAAAAAAAAAAAAAUAAUAAUAAUAGGAGGCGAAGUGUUUCUUUUUUACCCAUUGUGUGUUUUUUUUAAAAAUCAUUUUGUUGAAAGGUUCCUGUUAACUGCCAUUCUGUUAAGUGUUUUAAGAUGUAAGUUAAGUUGUUUAAGAUGAAAGUAAUGGAGCCCAUUUGGUUUGUAAUGAAUUAUUCGGUCUGAUGGCAUGUGCACCCUGCUAAUAUGUCAAUAUAGAGGCGUAAUUGCACUCUGUAUUUCCUUUGACUUGUAAUCAUAUUGCCAAAGACAACGAUUUUAUCGAUUAAUGUAAAUACCACUUUGUUCAUUGCUACGACAAAUUCUAUUUGUUUAGUUUUUUUUGUUUGUUUUUUUCCUUCCUCCAACCCUACCAUCAAGUUUCUGUGAUGUAUUGUCUUCCAGUUGCAAUAAAAAAAAAAAAAGUUGCAAAGGUAA